ACAUGAAGUUCUUUCGAUGUAAUACUAAAACUCUCAUCAAGCGCUCAUAGAAAGGUUGAUCAAAAUUAAUUUUCUAAAAAUCCGUUUUGGCAACACAAACAAAUCCCAUACAUAACCAACAAGAUUUCAAAUUCAAAAAUCGUCGACAGAAUGUAAUUGUUGAGAAGUUUACUCAGUGGAAAUAAAACAUAAAAUAAAUAUGCUUAACGUAACCGUCCUGUGGGUUAAUGUAUUAUUAUUAAAGUCACUUUGUUUUAUAUUACUAUGUGAAUUAUUACAAUGUAAUGCAUCAACAAAAUCUAUAGAUGAUUUAUUUUAUCAGUAUGAUGACGAAAAAAAUUCUAUGAUAGCGACCCAGCAACAAGAUGAUGCUGAUGUUGACGUAAAUUUUUACGAUGAACUGGACAAUUGGAUGAUUCUGGAAAAUUCAAUGAACGUUAUUUUUUUUGGACCUCCUUUAUCUUUUUUGAGAAUCGACGCUGAAAGUAUUUUGCAUAUACUGACAUAUACGAAAAAACAUUUAAUACCCAUCAGUAAAGCCAUUCUGGCAUGGGAUAUCGUAACUGAUGGAAAAACUGCAGCCUAUUUACGAGGUCGUGAAUUAACGGCGUUUGAUAGUCUCUUGAAUGUAGUACCGGAAGAGGACUUAUACUAUAUAAAUUUUGGGGAUCGUAGCGUAAGAAAAUAUUUUGCACGGACUGAAAUCGACUUAUCACCACGCAAGUACGGAGUCUUGGCAGCGUCAUACAAAAGAUAUUUCGGUCCACAUUGGUAUAGAAACGGAUCAACAAUUACUAAAUUAGGCUACUUAAUUUGCGGUUUUCCAGCAUCGGACAUGAAAUUGAUACAACCUGAAGAUUUUACAGAUAUUAAUUCAGAAAUUUUCAGUAAACUUGAUAAAUGUACCAACACACAAAUAUCGGUUCUAUACAAUAUUGCUACUCACCGUGAAGCUUAUGGUCGACCUUACCAAUGGUCGUCACAUGAAAUUAAGAAAAUAGGUUUCUUGUUAACGCAUUUGCCAGAAUACGAAAUCAGUGCUCUACAGUUAGAGGCCAUAUCAGCUAUUUCACCAGAAGUGAUGGCAAAUAUGAAUCAAAAUAAAUUGGAAUACUUCACAUUACAACAAAUAUAUAGGAUGGAGCCUAAAACACGACGGAUAUAUAUUUUACGAAUGUCGUUGAAGAGCAGUUUGACUAUAGAGCAAUUAUCAAGUAAGCGUAGAAGAAACAAGUAAAGGUUGAAAAAACGUGUAUAUCAGGAUCGCAGGUGUAUUUUUCAGAUUGGCCCGAAUAUAUUGCCGUUAUUUGGUACCUUCUGUGUACUUUUACGUACCUCUCCUGAAAAUCUGUGUACCUACGUCCAUACAAUGAUAUUUUGAAUAUUAGGUACACCCGCCAUCGUGAUGUGAGAAUCGCGGGUGUACUGUUAACUCAUAUAUAAAAAUCUAUAUUAUAGCGAAACAAACAACAUCUACUUUGAAAUUAUAAUUUUAAGGAAGAUAUACUUCCAAAUUAUAUAUCCUAAUCUAAAUAAUUACUGAUUUAUCGAAAAUCACGCUAUAAUUAACAAUACGAUACCUACCAAUAUUCAUAAUUAUAUUAUUUUACUUAGCUUAUAGUUAAAUGUCCUAAAAUUAACUCUAACAUUGGUCACCCUUUUGAAGACAUAGGUACGUAUAUAUUUCAGUACAUCUAGUUGUAUGUGAUUUGUGUACACCAUUUAUAAUAAUAUUUAGUUUAAUUAUAUUUAUAAUUUACCUAUAUAGAUUUUAAUUGUAAUAAAAUUAUGAAUUGA